AUGUCAAAAAUAAUUAAUUCGAAAUUUCAAUGUGCUAAUACAACUUGUUUGCCAUUUGUCACUAAUAUUUUAUCGGACAUUCGCCAAUGUAAAAUGAAUUGUUUAGCUCAAACUUAUUGUCGAGCAAUUAGUUUUCAUCAACUAACUUCAACAUGUCAAUUAUUUGAUAAUAUACCAAAUCCAAAUGGAAAUAUGUUAGUUGAUACAAAUACUAUUACUAUGAUUGUCAUUGCUGGAACACGAAAUCCACCUGAACCAACAACAACAUCCACAACGUCAACUUCAUCAACAACAACAUCCACAACAUCAACUUCAUCAUCAUCAACAUCUACAACGUCGACAACAUCAACAUCAACAUCGACAACAACAACAUCAUCAUCAUCCACAUCAUCAACACCAUCGACAGCCCCAUCAACAAUACCUAAUGUAAUAACAGGAAGCGGAGGUCCCUCUACUUAUCGAGGCAAUAAUGGACAAUAUUAUUCUUUUUCAAUAACAGGAUCUUUGAGUGGAAGUGUUUGGGGUUCAGAUAUUUAUACAGAUGAUUCAAAUCUUAAUGCUGCUGCUGUACAUGCUGGUUAUGCUCAAAACGGAGUGACGACUACAGUCAUCAUCCAAAUUUUACCUGGUCAAAGUAGUUAUACAAGUACUACUCGAAAUGGCGUCACUACUUACAACUAUGGAUCCUGGGGUGGUAGUUAUAGUGUUGUUGGCAACUCUGGAUGA